AUGUGGAAUUACCCCUAUGAUAACGGGUAUGAUGUAUACCCUAAUUGCGAAUAUGAUUUGAUAACAAUGAAACCCAAUAUAAAUUCGGGUUAUGAAACUAAUACAUCGGCAGAACAAGGGUUAGGGAAUCCAAUUUCAAACACAUUUAAAGUAGAAUACGGCGUUCAAGAUUUUAAUAAUUGUGCCAAUGAAAUAAUACCACAAAUUAAAUGUAAAGAUGAAGAUUUCAAUGAAUUUGUGAAUAACUUUAAUAACCUUGAUAAUUACGAAACUGAUCUUCCAUUUCCAACCAAGGAGACUAACUAUUCAGAAAAAGAAACUUCUUUGAAUCUGAAUGGAACAGAAUGUAAAUCUAACGAUGAAAAUUCCCCUGAAUCAUUUUCCAACCACACAGAACAAUAUUACAAAUCUUCAAAACUUUCAUCAAACGGAACAGAAAACAAUAAAAAACCUGAUGAGAGUAAUAACACUUGUGAUGUAUUAAAUUCAAACUCUCCAUUUUCUGAAAAUGGAGAUAAUCGGGAACAAGAUUUUAAUCAGGCCAUUCCUAAUUCUCCAUAUAAUUAUGACUCAUAUACAGAAACUCACUACGGUACAUGGGAUAAGUCAAAUGAUAAAAUGAUUGGUUCUAUGAAUGACACAUAUUGUUGGGACUCUAAUAUGUUAAAUAGUGGAUAUUUUAACGGUUUAAAUGGAAUGAAUGUGAUGGGAUAUGACUACAUGGGAUAUAAUGCUAAUAACCCUCCAAAUUUGGAUCAGUAUAAUAUGACUCAAGACCCAUAUACAAUGAACUAUAUGAAAAAUAUGAUGAAUAAUUAUAUUUUCAAUGGUUAUAAUUUGGAAUAUGGUAGCAUUUCGAGUCCAAACGAACCUUUUGUGGAUCCUUACAUAAAAUAUAAUAAUAAAAUGUACAAUAACUUCUCCCCUUAUUAUAAUCAAUUACCUUUGAACUCAAAUUUUAAAAAUUCUAAUUCAGGAUUAGAUGAUUGUAGUACAAAAAAUAAUGUUGUCAACCAAUAUGAUAUGUUGCCUGGCAAUUUCGAAACUGUAAGGAAACCUGAACUAAUAUCUAUAGAUGAUGAUGCGCUCGAGAGCUUUAUAUAUAAUGGAAACAUAAAGAAAAUUGAUAUAUCUAACAUUGAUUUCCUCAAUAUGAGUGACAAAAUAUGGCAGGCUCUCAGGGGCGCUGGUUUGUUUAAACUUGGUAAUAAAGGAAGGGCUAUACUUAAAUCAAAGAUAUCUAAAUAUUUAAAGAUGUAUCCAGAACUUAGAAUGAGGUAUGUGUUAUUGUACAAAAAUUUUUUAGGACUUCACGUAUAUCAGGAGUUCGUAGAGCCACCACACGGCAACUUUUUCAAUUAG